UUAUUUAAUUUAAUAUUGGAUUAUUGGCAGAUCAAGUUCGUAAAAAAAUCAAUGCAUCAUGAAAAAAAUCCUUAGCAUUUUGCUAUUUGGUUUAUUAACAAUAAUUGACGCACAACAAGGACCACCAAUACCAAAUAAUGGAGGGGGUAGAGUACGGCCACAAUUUCAAGUAACAUACGAAUGGAAUCUAGUCGAUUUCAAUUGGCCAACUGCCGAUUCUAAAAUGCGUGCCAUACAAAAUGCACAAUACAUUCCAGAAAACAAUGUUAUCACUGGCAUUGAAGUUUAUCAAAACUAUAUAUUUUUAACACUACCAAGAUUACGUCAUGGAGUACCAGCUACUUUAACAUGGAUUCCAUCCCCAAAUAUUACCACGCAUACAGCACCACUCUUAAAUCCAUUCCCAUCAUGGGAAAUGAAUAAAUUAGGAGAUUGUCGUGCACUGCAAAAUGUUCAAAGUGUGGAAGUCGAUGUGAAUGGUAUUUUAUGGGUGAUUGAUAUCGGUGGAACUGCAACUAUGGAACAAGAUCCAGAUUCAACAUGCCCACCUCGAUUAGUAUUAUUUGAUUUGAAAAAUCAAAAUGCGAUUGUUCAUCAAUAUAUUUUCCCCGAUAGUGUUGCAAAACACGAUGGAAAUUAUUUAAACGAUUUAGUUAUUGAUGAUUUCAAUGGCAGAUUUGCGUAUAUUACGGAUAAUAGUGCUGUUGAUCCAGGUCUGAUAGUUUAUUCGUUAACAAAUGACACUUCGUGGAAAGUACGUGAUGCUAAAAGUAUGUUAGCUGAUCCAAAAGCAACCGGUUUUUAUAUAAACAGCACCCAAGUGAAUGCGGCGAUUAAUAUCGAUGGUAUUGCUUUAUCUCCAGCGGUCAGAGGACCAAGUCGUGACGUUAUAUUCACACCUUUAUCAAGUCUCCGAUUUUACGGCAUAGACACAGCAAUUUUACAAAAUCAAGAGUUAGCAACAUCUCCAAAUGUGGGGAAUUUUAUCAAAGAUUUAGGUGCUAAACCAUCCACAACUGAUGGAAUGAUUAUGGAUGAAUUCGGUAUCCUUUAUUAUGGAUUACUUGGAUUAAACGCAAUUGGAAAUUGGAAUACGAAUUUACCAAGUGAUACGGCUCGUAUAUUAGCAAGAGAUGAUACAUUUUUACAAUGGCCCGAUAGUUUUGCGAUCGAUUCGAAUACUGGAAACUUGUAUGCGCUUUCGAAUCGUAUCCAAAAUUUCCUCACUCGUAAUGUGAAUCCGACUGAAGCAAAUUAUCGUAUUUUAGUUGCGUAUAUUGGAGCAAGAAGUUAUUUGUAUGGUCCAAAUACAUAUACAAUUCCACAAAAUGUUGCUAUUAUUAAUCCGAAUAUUGAAAUUUCAACUUUAGGUGCGUUAGGUGCUUUAAAUACUCCACCACCUGGAUAUGAGACCUACGAUUUUAAAACUAAUCGAUUAGCAUAUAAUAGCGGUGAUAAAAAUACAUUAUUUACAGGCCUUAACUUAGUUAUUUUUAUUUUUAUUUGUAAGAACUUUUUUUAAAGUAAAAUUCAUUUUUAGUUGAUCGGUAAAUUUACCGGAUUUGUUUGAUAAUCAAUUCGGAAAAUUUUGGGAGAAAUUUGGGAUGCAAAUUUGGUGUUUUUUGCAUUUUUGUGUUGUAAUGUUUCGGUUCAUAGUCAGGUUUUGAAAAAAAUCGUUCGCACUAUCCGAAAGUACAUAAAAAACCUGCAAUUUAAAAGAAAAGGUUAAAAUCCGAUGAUUUGGAUCAACUUUUUGUUAAAGUUUUUCUCUAAAUUGAGGUUAUGUAUCGGGCUAAUUUUUCACACAUCUUUAUGAUCAUAAGUUACAUCUUUUUUCUGAAUUUCAAUUAAAUUUCUUCAUUUUUCGAAAAGUUAUCAGAGAAAGUUGAAAAUAUGAGGUUAUUGCGGUUUUCUUGAGAUUUUAAGGUUAUUUUGCUAUGGUCAGAGUUUGAUAGCAGGCAAGGUCGAUGCAGAAGUUCAUAAAAAACAAUUCUUCUUUUUAUUCGUCCCAAUCCAAUCAAUAGAAACAGAGAUUUUCAAGAAACAAUCACCAAAGAAAAUAAUGUAGAGAUAAAUUAUCCCAAAACCGUAUGCAAAAUGUCGUGCGGAUCGUUCUGGAACCGAAAAACUCCUUUUCUCUGUUUAUUACAACGAAAUUUUCCGAAUUGAUUAUCAAAAUCCCGUAGAUUUACCCUACUAUUAUUAUAUGGUAGAUAAUCUGUUUGAGAAAAUGAUUGAAUGUUAUAUAACAUUGGCUGUGUUAAUAAUGAAUCUCGAAUCAUUAUAAGCAUAUUUUUAUAAAAGUAUUAUACUAUUAAAUUACAUUCA